GUCUGCUGUUGUCCUAAGCCCUAGAGCACAGGGAGCCACAGUCUAAACCGUAUUUGUAGGAUUGGGCUCUUGAUAGUUGGGAAAAUGGCGAUGACGCUGUUGGAAGACUGGUGCAGGGGGAUGGAUGUGAACUCCCAGAGAGCCCUGCUGGUGUGGGGGAUCCCAGUGAACUGUGAUGAGGCUGAAAUCGAAGAGACCCUCCAGGCUGCGAUGCCCCAGGUGCCCUAUCGAGUGCUUGGGAGAAUGUUCUGGAGGGAAGAGAAUGCGAAAGCAGCCUUGUUAGAGCUCACGGGCGCUGUCGAUUACGCGGCCAUCCCCAGGGAGAUGCCAGGUAAAGGAGGGGUCUGGAAAGUGGUCUUUAAGCCCCCGACUUCCGAUGCCGAAUUUUUAGAAAGGUUGCACCUCUUUCUAGCGAGAGAGGGGUGGACCGUGCAAGAUGUUGCCCGUGUCCUUGGGUUUCAGAAUCCUGCUCCGGCCCCAGGCCCAGAUAUGCCAGCAGAGAUGCUAAACUAUAUUUUGGAUAAUGUUAUUCAGCCUCUUGUUGAGUCCAUAUGGUACAAGAAGCUGACGCUGUUCUCGGGGAGGGACAUCCCGGGGCCUGGGGAGGAGACCUUUGAUCCCUGGCUGGAGCACACCAAUGAGGUCAUAGAGGAGUGGCAGGUGUCUGAUGUGGAAAAGAGACGGCGGUUGAUGGAGAGUCUUAGGGGCCCUGCCGCUGAUGUCAUCCGCAUCCUCAAGACUAACAACCCUGCGAUAACCACCGCCGAAUGCCUGAAGGCGCUUGAGCAGGUUUUUGGAAGCGUGGAGAGCUCUAGGGAUGCGCAGGUCAGAUUUCUGAAUACUUACCAGAACCCAGGAGAAAAGUUAUCGGCUUACGUCAUUCGUCUGGAGCCUCUGCUGCAGAAGGUGGUGGAGAAAGGGGCCAUAGAUAAAGAUAACGUAAACCAGGCCCGCCUGGAGCAGGUCAUUGCCGGGGCCAACCACAGCGGGGCCAUCCGAAGGCAGCUGUGGCUGACUGGGGCUGCGGAAGGGCCAGCUCCGAACCUCUUCCAGUUGCUGGUGCAGAUCCGCGAGGAGGAGGCCAAGGAGGAGGAGGAGGAGGCUGAGGCCGCCCUCCUGCAGUUAGGCCUAGAGGGGCACUUCUGAGCCCCAGGAAACCGAGCUGUAGUGCAGACCUAGAUCACAGCGCUUUUGUCUUGUCUGUGCUCUCUUUUACGCGUGUCUUAGUCAAGUCCUGUUUUCUGGGGGGAAGUCGGGUCUGGGUAUUCAUGCUAACAUUAGUAAACUCAUGCAAGCGAGCACCUUGAGCGGCCGCAAGUGAGUCCUAGCUAAAUGCCCGGUAAAAUGCCGGACCCGAGAGCUCAGUGCAAGCUGUCAUCGUGGCAUCAUCAAUUGUGAAAAACAUGUGAACUUGUGACACUUCUUAUCGAGGUACUUAAAUUGCAUGUUCAGAUGUUUAGCCCAGAGCCUGGCUAACACAAGAAGUGUUCAGUGAAAAUACGAACUAUUGUUACUAAUAUCGUGAAUGGUUUUUGUGUUUACUGUAAAUUGUUCCUGAUUUAUAUUAAUGGGAAAAAUGUGAAUUAAUUAGAUGUUAUCAUUCCACUUUACAGUGCUAAUUAUUUUUCAUCUUUAAACAUCUGGAACAGUAUAAUUGAAAAGUAUUCUGAGACUACAAAAUGGGGUGUUAGAAAAAUACUGCAGUUACAGAGCUGUGUAAAUUAGAAGUUUUCACUGUACAAGAUACAGAUAUAAAUCGCAUGGGGAGGUUAAUAUGAACCGGCUAGAGUAUCCAUUUCAAAUCUUUGUCAUUGAAUAGUUCUUAUUCAUGCUGAUUGUGUUCUAAAUUUGAAGUUAUCAAAUACAUGUAUACGAAUAAAAAUAUUUAAAAAAUUG